UUCUCUCAGCAGGUCUGACUGUGAGUCCCAGCAGCUCUCAGUUUUUUAUUGGAGACUCUGUGUCUCUGAUGUGUGAGGAGGACCACAGCUCUGCUGGACGGACUCUGAGGAGAAACACAACCAGAGGAACCAGGACUCAGUGUGGAUCUGGAUGGGGAAAACCUGCUGGUUCCUCCUGUUAUAUCAACUAUGUCCUCUCUAAGGACAGUGGUGUGUACUGGUGUGAGUCCAGCUCUGCAGCAGUCAGUAACAGCAUCAACCUGACUGUCACUGGUGGAUCAGUGAUCCUGCAGAMUCCUGUCCUCCCUGUGAUGGAGGGACAUGAUGUCACUCUGAGCUGUCAAUCAAAGGACACACCCUCCAYSCUCCCAGCUGACUUCUUCAAAGAUGAUGUCUUCAUAGGGUCUGAUCCAACAGGAACCAUGAGUCUCCAGCAGGUCUCCAGGUCUGCUGAAGGUCUCUACAGGUGUCAGAUGGGUCCGAACUCUUCUCCACAGAGCUGGCUGCUCYUACACGGUACUGACCCGGUCACAGAACCACAGAUAUGGAUCKUUUACGGUUCUGACCCGGUGUCUCUGACUGUGACUCCGGACUCGUCUCAGCUGUUUGAAUAUGAAACCUUUAACCUGAGCUGUGUGGGGGGCAGCAGGUCUGAAGGYUGGCAGGUGAAGAGGUUCCCCACCUCUGGAGGGAAAGUAGAAACAUGUGGACAUCAGUGGGGACAUAAAAACAUCAGCUGCUCCCUGAGGACAGCCAAACCUGCAGACAGCGCCCUCUACUGGUGUGAGUCCAGGACCAGGCAGCGCAGCAACACCGUCCACAUCUCUGUCCACGACAGAGACAUGAUCCUGCAGAGUCCAGUCCUCCCAGUCAGGAGUGGAGACACGGUCACCCUGAGCUGUCGGACAAAGACAGAUCCCUCCAACAGCUCAGCUGCUUUCUUUAAAGAUGGCUCCCUGCUGAGGACUGAGCCUACAGGUCACAUGAGGCUCCAGCCUGUCUCCAUGUCUGAUGAAGGUCUCUACAGGUGUCAGAGGGACGGUCUUCAGUCUCCAGCCAGCUGGCUGUUUGUCWCACCUUCCAGCUCCUCAGACCAACACUCUGCUGCAGACCAGCUGAACCUGAUGUCCUACCUGCUGAAGGGCUACUCCUUCAUCCUCUUCACCGUCCUGCUGGUUUSCUCCUCACAGGUGUCCUCAGCUUCCAGGAGAAAACCUUCAUCCAGAGAGGAAGAGGAGGGAACUGAGGAUGAUGAGGCCAUGAAUGAUGUCACCACAGAGCAUCGCUUCUGACAGCAGCUCUUUGUGUCAUCGACAUUUGUUACAUCAAAGGAAAUAAACUGAUCAAAGUCAGACUGUUGGUUUACAGAGGAUUGUGUUUACUAGUUUAUAUUACAGUUUACAUCAUCCAACCAUCAUCCAACCAUCAUCCAACCAUCAUCCACCAUCAUCCAACCAUCAUCUAACCAUCAUUUGUUACAUCAAAGGAAAUAAACUGAUCAAAGUCAGACUGUUGGUUUACAGAGGAUUGUGUUUACUAGUUUAUAUUACAGUUUACAUCAUCCAACCAUCAUCCAACCAUCAUCCAACCAUCAUCUAACCAUCAUCAACCAUCAUCCAACCAUCAUUCAACCACCAUUUGUUACAUCAAAGGAAAUAAACUGAUCAAAGUCAGACAGUUGGUUUACAGAGGAUUGUGUUUACUAGUUUAUAUUACAGUUUACAUCAUCCAACCGUCAUCCAACCAUCAUCCAACCAUCAUCCAACCAUCAUCAACCAUCAUCCAACCAUCAUCCAACCAUCAUUUGUUACAUCAAAGGAAAUAAACUGAUCAAAGUCAGACAGUUGGUUUACAGAGGAUUGUGUUUACUAGUUUAUAUUACAGUUUACAUCAUCCAACCGUCAUCCAACCAUCAUCCAAC